AUGGCAGACAGAAGGAGCUUGCACCGACUGAACGGUGUUGCGCAUGUUGCCGGUUCCAUUGGUGACGAGCUCAUUAGGUGUAUAUACAGUGUGAGACAGCAACAGAAUAUGCCCAUGCAUGAAAGGAUCAUCUCGUAUUUAGAGAGGGCUGGAUUGUACCAUUUGGCCAGGCUAAAUAGCCAAUGGUUCUGGUUGGAUGAGCCAUUGCUUGGGUUGCCUGUCGAUGGGGAGGCUGUGAGUGGUUGCCUUGGUGAUUUUGAGAAAUACAUGGAGGGUGGCCGACCAGCUUGGGAGUGGUUUCAGGACCUAUUCGGUGAGCUGUCACCACCGAAUAAGGUCAAGCAGAUGACGGUCCACUUUACAUGGUUCCACGAGAGGUUUAGUGUGCUACCACCAGAUGCGAACGAGGAGACUGUUCGCAUCUACGCACGUGCCUACAUCAUGAUGCUUUUAUCUACUCAAUUAUUUGGGGACAAGAGUGUGAACCGGGUACAUAUACGGUGGUUGCCAUUUGUGGCAAACCUUGAUGACAUGGGGAGGUAUAGCUGUGGUUCGACUGCUUUGGCUUGGUUGUACCGAUGUAUGUGUCGGGUAGUGAACAGAAAUGUGACUAACCUUGCGGGUCCCCUCCAGUUGCUACAGAGUUGGAUAUUCUGGCGUUUUUCCUCGUUGAGGCCGUCCGGGUUUGAGGUUUUCUCUUUUCCGCUGGCAUCCAGGUGGUCUGCUUACUUACCUCCGAACGAUGGCAAGAAACAGAGGGUCCUAAGUUAUCGGCUUGCAUUGGAUCGCUUGACCGCUCGUGAUAUUGUAUGGGAGCCCUACUCCGCGCUUGAUGUACUUGCUGUCGCUCGAUAUCGAUGUGGCCAUACACGUGUGUAG